GUUCUUUUCUGGCUUCCAUUCUACCUACUCCUCUAUAAAUAGGCAGCUGACUGUUCCUUGUCUUGCUAGUAAGCUCAGCAACCAUCACUAGGAACUGAUUGGUAUAAUCUUAAUUCUCUCUGUCAGGUGUUUGGGCAUUGCGUGGACGACGGAACAUGAGUUUCAGAGGCUCAACCGGGAAGAGUGCGAAAACGGUCGGGCCAUGGGGAGGUCUAGGAGGAGACCCUUGGGACGAUGGUGUUAACUCCGCGGUACGCCAGAUCAUCAUCACCCAUGAUGCGGCCAUCGAUUCCAUAAAGAUCGAGUAUGACCUGAAAGGAAACUCGGUCUGGUCAGAGAAGCAUGGGACUGGGAAUGGCGACUCGAAAACUGAUCAGGUCAAACUUGAUUACCCUCAAGAAGUUCUCACAUCUAUCAGUGGCUGCUACGGUGCAGUGGGAACUUCAGUUGUCAUCAGAUCACUAACCUUUGAGAGCAACUGCUCCAAGUACGGACCGUUUGGCACUGAGCAAGGGACAUUCUUCUCACUCCCAGUGUCUAGCGGAAAGAUCGUCGGCUUUCACGGACGAUCCGGGUCUUGCCUCCACUCCAUAGGCUGUCAUCUGAACAAAGAGAAGAACACAAACCUGUCCAAUGCGCCGUCCGCGCUUCGGAGCAUCACAAGAUCUUAUGACAGGAAUGGUCACAGGUAUGCAGAUAGCAGUGCUGGGUAUGACAUGGUUCUUGCAGUGAAGGAAAGAGGUGACAACCGCAGUGUCCUGACUAGAAGUCUUCCGAAGGAACAGUAUCCUAAUCCAUCUCAGGAUGGAACUAUCUGGAACAAGAUGGUAUCGAUUCCAAGUUUCUAUUCGGAUAAUGGGACCUUGACUAUAAGCACCCCAGUGAGAUUUGGUCCCUGGGGUGGAAGUAGUGGCACCAUAUUUGAUGAUGGAAUAUACACUGGUGUCCGACAAAUCAAUUUAACGCGGGGAUUAGGAAUAUCUUCCGUGAAGGUUCUCUAUGAUCGAAACGGGCAGGCAAUAUGGGGUGAUAAGCGUGGAGUCAGUGGGGGAGCUAGACCUGAAAAGGUUGUAUUCGAUUUUCCAUCGGAGAUCUUGACUCACAUAACCGGCUACUUUGGGUCGACGAUGAUCAUGGGACCGACGGUGAUAAAAUCUAUCACAUUCCACACAACGAAGAAGAGCCAUGGGCCAUUUGGGGAUGAACAUGGCACAUUCUUCUCCAGCUGUUUGACCGAUGGGAGGAUAGUAGGAUUUCAUGGCAGGGCAGGAUGGUAUGUCGACAGCAUUGGAGUUCAUGUUCUGGAAGGGAAGGUUCUAUCACAGAGAGCUGACGUAGCAUUGACCGACACAAGCCCGUCUCGACAGUCCGAUACCCUUGCGCUAGCACGGAGAGACAUCGGAGAUCAGGUUACAUAUGGUGUGGUGAAAGAACCAGUACCGAUAGGGCCAGGACCAUGGGGAGGGGAAGGAGGCAAGCCAUGGGAUGAUGGCGUCUACACAGGUGUCAAACAAAUCUACAUCACGCGGACUGAUUUCAUCGGGUCUAUUCAGAUCGAGUAUGACAGGAGUGGGCAAUCCAUCUGGUCUACAAAGCAUGGAAAUGGUGGCCAGACAACACACAGGAUCAAGCUUGACUACCCACACGAGGUCCUGACCUGCAUCUACGGCUACUACAACACAUGCGUGGAAGAAGGGCCAAGGGUCUUGAGAUCGAUCACCUUCGUCAGUAGCCGAGGGAAGUACGGCCCGUUCGGCGACGAGAUCGGAGCCUAUUUCAGCUCUGCUACAACGGAGGGGAAGGUGGUCGGCUUCCAUGGCCGGAGCAGCCUGUACCUGGACGCCAUUGGGGUGCAUAUGCAGCACUGGUUGGGAGAUAAUAAAACUAGUGCGUCCAAUUCCAAGCACUACAUCUCCAGGUAUCUGUUCUGAGCUUGGUUAUGAUCCUGUGAUUUGGUACCGAUUGAAGGCUGUGAUUUUUGAAGUUUGAUGCACUCCAAAGUCCAAAAAAUUUCAGUUUGGCAGUUGAGUCUUCUCUGUAUGCGCCAAGCUCAUGGCGCAGUUCUGAAUGAGGAACCGUAGUGUUUGUUCCAGGGUAUGUUGGUAUAUUCUGACUAAAAUUUGUGUGGUUAAUGAUUUGUCUGGAUGGGAGAAACAAGAAAAGUGUCUGGUGGUCUUAAACUUGCCAAAGCCUCUGAAAUGAUAUAUUGACGACAAGUUUUAAUAAAUUAUUUUUAAUAGAUAA